ACUGGUGGCCUUGGACCAUGGCUCCAAGGUCUCAGGGUCUGGGAAGGAAGCCACAGGAUCCCUCCAGAAGGGGAAAAAAACCACUCAGCAGUAGCAGCAGCAGUUCUGGCAGGCAUGAGGGAGCCAGCUGUUUGCAUCCAGCAGCUCCAAGCACAUCCUGGAAAGGCUGUUGAUAGCCCCAAAACCUUUCAGGAACGGCAGCCAUGGCACUGACCUUGGUGUGGGACAAGACACAUGAUAGAAGGAAUGCAUGGCUCGGUGCCACCAUCGCUCUGUCUUGGGGUCAGGGCAGUCACUGAUAGCACAAGAGGCACCAGGACACACCAGGACAGCCUAAGGCACAGCCACCAGCAGCACCUCCAGGGCCAGUAAGCUGCCUCCUGCCAAGGAGACUGUGUGAGGUUUUGAGUGGUCUCACCAUCAGUUUCAUGGGCUCCUCCACUGGGAGUGGCUCCUGCCUGUCCAGGGAGUGCCCUGCCUGAACCCAAGGGUGGCAUUAUGGCUGAGGUCAUGGGUUCAGCCACAGCUUUGGUGGCCACAGAACACAGGCAUUAGCCUAUUGCACUUCCACUCAGGCCAGCGCUCUGGGAAAUGGGGUUCCCAGCAGGAACAGCCAGCACCAGGGGAGGCUGCUCGCCACAGAAGCACCACCCUGGCACAGGGUACAGAGGCCAGUGUCUAGCAAGAAGCUAUCCCAGCUCUCACGGCCAUCCUGGAGUGGAGCAAUCCCCCAGGAGUGCCCCAGGAGCCUUCUCCAGGAGCCAGCAUUGCUGGGAAGGCACAGAGCGGUGAGGCAAUCUGGUGUAAAGAAAAACCAUUUCCUGCAGCAAGGGCUGCUUUGCUCAACGUUUUGCAAAAUGUGCUGAUGCAACUGCCCUUCCCAGGUGGGAUAUAAAUACAAGUCUUGAUGUGGAUUUGUGCCCUGCAGCUACACAAACAUCGCAACAAUGUUUUCUUUGAAAAGAAAAAAGAAAACAAGGAGGAACAAACAGCGCGGAUGACAAAAUCACUGGCAGUGGAAGUCCGGGGUUCGGGUUGCACGGGGAGGGGGGGAAGCUGAGGCUCUGCCUUGGGCACCGUGCUCAGCAUCUCCUAUUUUGGGACAGUGACCGGGGCCAUGAGCUCAGGGAAGAGCCAUUGUGGGACAAGCCUGCUCGGCAGCUCAGCAAACUGUACGGGGAGGGUCAGCUCGGCGUGGCCAUGGGGCACCAGCAAGGACAGGCCCGUGCCCGGGGUCACCCAUCACUGCGGCUCACCCUGCCCGAACGGCAGCUUGUCUGAUGGGAGCUCCUUCCCAGCGCUGCACCCGGGCUGAAGAGCAGGGAGCUCCCCGGGCGUGGGACAGCCUGUCAGUGCAGCCCAUCAAGCAGCCUGAUAAAAACAGCCUCAUACUCCGCCCAAGCCUGAGCUUUGUCCUCCAGGCACAAGCGCUGCGUUGUCUCCUUCAGCCCGUUCUCAAAAGGCCUUUAACCUGCUGCUCCCCCCGCUAAGGUAUUUGGACACACAAAUCCAACAUGUGUUGCAGCCAUUUUUGGAUUCUCUUUAAGCGUCUUGCUGAGAUUUCUUUGUGUUUUCUUUGGCUCUGAAGUGACUUCAGGCUCACAAGCACAACAGCAGAGAAUUAUCAGCAAAGAGCUGUGCUUCUGGAACUGAGGACGGGAGCUGUGCUCUGCCUGCCCUGGAAAUCCCCCACUCACCCCGCUUGGGGGCACGCAGCAUUUUUAAAAAUAGCAGGUUACCCAUCACAGCAAAGCUCUGCUUGGGACAAUUCACUGAGACAGAGGACAUGGGGCACCUCUCCAGGAUGACAGGGAAGCUUGACGCAACUUUCCAUCAGCACAGCCAGCACCAGGAGGGUUUGUAUGAGCCCCUGAGGCCCCUGGAGCUCAGGCUGUUUUGCCCUUCAGCCAUCGCCAGUUGGGAAAAUCCUUCACUUGUCUCACACAGCAACUGACUGAAGGCAGAAAGAGGAAACCUGCUGGUCUGACACAAACCCACCCCGCUUCCUCUACCUGGCAGGCAGCUUUUGCCAGGAGUUCCUCUGACACCACUCCCCCUCCCCAACAGAUACACAGAGCUUCCCGCAACAGGGACCACAAGGGCAUUCCAAACCCAGACAGAGCCGAUCACAGGCAGUGCUGAGCUCUCCCGGUGUGAGCUACAGAAGUACAGAGAGAGGACAGGCACAGGAGCACCUCCCUCCCUUCCUCCCCAACUCCACUUCCCCCACUGAGCUACACAGGGCUGCUUUAAAAAGCAGUAAUGGAAGAAAAAAGCUCAAGCCCGUGUUCUUUCUGGGUUUCUGGCAUAACAGUGACGGCAGCAGCCGGGCGCAUGUGGGGACUCAGCCCUGAGGCACUGGCAGCAGCGCUGCGGCAGAGGAGCUCACACAGCCAGCCCGGGGAUGGCUCUCACCGCUGCUGUCUGCCCAUGAUGGAUGAGGGCAUAAACCUUUCAAGGAUGCAUUUAAUUAGCUUGAAAAAGAGCCGGAAGGUGCACACGCAGCAGCUGGCGGUAUAGAUCCUCUACUGCCUCUGCCGGGCACACGGUGCCUCCUGGAACUGUCACCUGGAGCAGGACACAAGGGACCCGCAGAGUCCCAAGGAAGAGCCCCGGGCUGUGGGGGCUGGAUCCAGGCCCCGCCUGCCUCGCUCCGGAGCAGAGGCACAGAGGCACCACAGCCAAUGCUGCAGAGUGCUGAUCCAGCCCAGCACCCAUCAGCUCGGAUUUCUGGCUAUGUCCGUGCUCACAGACUGCGCCAGAUGAGACACUGUCUGUCCUGCAGCUGGCACCAUGUCAGCACCGGCUCCAGACCGGCCAUCCUGGCCAGUGACAUGAUGGCACUGCCAUCCCCAACCUGCACUGCGGACUGGCUUGGUCUGAGUUGCCCCAGAACUGGCUGGGAUGCAGAGCCCCGUGUGUUUGUUCCACAGGGACUCAGAGCCAGGGUCAGCCCACUACGGCCCAGCCCCAACAGAGAACAGGCACAAUACAGCUGCCUUUCUUCCAGAAAAAAAACCGGGAUAGAGCCGUUCUCAAUAGAGCACUGCAACAUGAGAAAAUAUCAGUGGGACCAAGGGUUUGAGGGUUUGUUAAAGCCAUGACCACGGAGCAGAGGCCAAGCCCAGGCCAUGCACAGUUGAGCUCAGCUGGAGGAUCUGGAACACACCGCAAUCAGCAGUGCUGAAGGAGCGGGGAGGGCAGCAAGGUCCGAGUGCAUCCCUGCAGGGAAUGCUGUGGCAUCAGGAGGUGCCAGCAGUGCUGUGGGAGCCCUCAGUGAGGCCAGAGCAGCCCCCCAGAUUGUGCACUCCAAGAGCGGGCACAGCCCGAUUUGGUAGCCAGGGCAGCCAAAUCUGAUGCCCGUCGCCAUCUGCUCUGGGGGAAAACCAUCCCGCAGGGCAGAAUUUGGUAAGCGAGAGCCCAUCGGAAGGUGGCUGCUGUUCAGAUGCAGAGCUGCCAUCGAAAGAGGAAAGUCUGGCGUCAAGGAACAAACGGACAACAGGUGCCGUUCCUCGCUAGAGACCGAUAGGAAAAGUGCUCGGCAGGCUGAGGCUGGGCCGCGGCCGGGGUCGGGGCUGAAGGCGGCAAGGCCCCGGGCUUCACAGAGAAGGGCGCGGCCAGGAUCAGUCCGGGAAUGGGCGCCCCCAGCCCACACAGAUCUCAGCGCCCACCGCGGGCUGUGGAACGGGAGCUGGAGGGCCGGGGCUGCAUGGUUCAUCCGAGGUAAGGACCUCGGCUGGGGGAACGAGCUACCGGGUCGGGUCGGAUCGGGCCGGGCAGGAAACGGAGAUAGAGGAGAGAACGGUGUGACCGACCAACCCCGCUCCUGGCCCCGGCCUCGCCCGCCGCCGCUUCCGUCUUCCUGCCACGUGACCAGCGCAACCCGGCGCGACGCCGACGCUCAUGGCCCGGGCGCCGCUACCAGACGCCAUGACGCACGGCCGCACCACCGCCGACCCUUCCGCGGGUAAAGUAGUCCCCGGCGGGACGUCGAGGCCUCUCCUCGUCCGCGGGCGGCGGGCGGCGCUGGGAGGCGCCUGAGGCAGCGGUCGGGGCGAGGAGUGUGUCUUCGCCGCAGCGAGCGCGGCACGGGCUGGGCGCCGGUCGAGUGUAGCGGGCCCCGGCAGGGCGGGCAUGGAGGAGAAUGCGGUGGAGAGCAGCAGCGACGCGACCUCGCAGGCGGCGCUGGAGGAGCCCACCGAGAGCGGGUUGGGCGUCGGGAGCUCGGACGCCGUGUCGGCGGACAGCAGCGAUGCCGCCGCGGGGCCCGGGCUCCUCUCGCGGGCUGAUGACUCCUGCGUGGGGCAGAGCUCCGACAGCAGCGGAGUCUCCUUGGAAGAGGUCUCGGAGAGCAGCUCCAGCACAGAUGCCAUUCCAAGGAUUUACCUGCCAGACUCAUCUUCUGUUGCCCAGUCCACCUUGGUGUCCAGUGUCUCCACUAUGAGCCAGUCCAUCAUGGUGUCAGAGUCCCCACAAGUUCUGGUCCACUCCAGUGUCGUUACCGAUGGAGCCACAAUUGUGUCAGACUCUACUGCAUCCACUUCCUCAGACCUGGGUUCUGCCAUUGACAAAAUCAUCGAGUCGACAAUCGGGCCUGACAUUAUUCAGAGCUGCAUCGCUGUGACCAGUGCAGAGGAUGGAAGGGCAGAGACCACGCAGUACCUCAUUCUGCAAGGACCUGAUGAUGGUGCCCCCAUGGUGUCGCAGGUGGCCACUUCGGCUCUAGCCAAUAGCUUGGCAAUAGAAGCUGUUGCUGAUGGACCUACCUCCACGUGCCUUGAGCAGCCCGGCCCUUCAGAGACUUCCAGGCAGUUGGAAGUGCUAAAACUGCCUGCACAGCCAGACCGAGCCCAAGAGGCGGAUGGUGGGGAGGAGCUGGACCAGCCAGACUUGGAGACCCUGGAAGAGAUGAUGGAAGUGGUGGUGGUACAGCAGUUCAAGUGCAAGAUGUGUCAGUACAAGAGUAUCUCUAAGAAAACACUGAUUAACCACAUGAAAGAGCGUCACUUCCAGCCAGUGGGUUCAGCUCUGGCUCUGAAGAAAGGACGACCACGGAAGGUGGGAGCUGCUCCAAAGACAGAGGAUGAGGAGGCCCAAGAAGAAGAAGAUGACGAUAUUAUGGAUGCUGGUGCUAUUGAUGAUCCUGAAGAGGACAGUGACUACAACCCAGCUGAGGACGAGCCCCGGGGGCGCCUGCCCAAGUAUGGCCGCACUGUUCCAACGUCCAGUGAGGAGAGGCCACGUCGACGCCCAGGGAGACCCCGCAAGCUGCUUCGUCUGGACAUGUCUCAGGACAUGCCGGAAGGAGGGGAGGUGGAGCCCAUGGUGACAUCCCAAAGCACACCAAGCCAGGAGCUGCAGAACUCGGAAGCAGCCAGUUCCUCUGGCCUGGAGAAUGGGACCGGUGAGACCCUGGCAGAGCCUGGUAUCAGCCAGUCGGACUCUGAGAACAAGGACCCUUCCUCCAAGAGCGGUGCUGAGGAUGCAGAUGUCAUCCCCCGGCGGCGCGGGCGGCCCUCCCGCCGCUUCCUGGGCAAGAAAUACCGCAAGUACAUGGGGCGCAGGUACUACUACAAGUCCCCCAAGCCCCUGAUGCGGCCCUACCUGUGUCGCAUCUGUGGCUCGCGGUUCCUCACCCACGAUGACCUGCGCUUCCACGUCAACUCGCACGAGGCCAAUGACCCGCAGCUCUUCAAGUGUCUUCAGUGCAGCUACCGCUCCCGGCGCUGGUCCUCCCUCAAGGAGCACAUGUUCAACCAUGUGGGCAGCAAGCCCUACAAGUGCGAAGAGUGCAAUUACACCAGCGUGUACAAGAAGGAUGUCAUUCGGCACUCAACAGUGCAUAGCCGGGACAGGAAGAAAAGAGCUGAUCCGCCACCAAAGCUGAACUCCUUCCCAUGUCCUGUCUGCAACCGUGUCUACCCCAUGCAGAAGAGGCUUACACAGCACAUGAAGACACACAGUACAGAGAAACCACAUAUGUGUGACAAGUGCGGGAAGUCCUUUAAGAAGCGUUACACCUUCAAGAUGCACCUCCUGACACACAUCCAGGCCAUUGCCAACCGCAGGUUCAAGUGUGAGUUCUGUGACUAUGUCUGUGAGGACAAGAAGGUCCUGCUGAACCACCAGCUGUCGCACAUGAAUGACAAGCCCUACAAGUGCAGCAUUUGCAAGUAUUCCACCUUCCGGGAGGACUUCCUGGUCUCGCACAUGGCGGUCAAGCACACAGGAGGGAAGCCGUUCGCUUGCGAGUUCUGUCACUUCACCACCAAGCACAAGAAGAACUUGCGCCUGCACGUGCAGUGCCGCCAUGCUGACUCCUUUGAGGAGUGGGCACAGAGGCACCCUGAGGAGCCGCCCUGCCGCCGCCGCCCCUUCUUCACCCUGCAGCAGAUUGAGGAGCUGAAGCAGCAGCACAGCCAGGUGCAGGCACCGGCUGAGCCAGAGGCCAGCUCACCAGCACCCGUCACCUGCCACACAGUCCAGGCUGUCGCAGGUGCAGAGCCCUCUGUUCUCUCGCAAGGUUCCCUGGAAGGGGCCACCAUCAUCUAUGAACAAGAUGUGGCUGGAUCAGCAGAGCUGGCCACGCAGACUGCCCUGGAUCUCCUGCUGAACAUGAGCGCCCAGCGGGAGCUGGCCUCCAGCUCACUGCAGGUGGCAGUGGUGAAGCCAGAUAAUCCUGGAGAGACACCAGGCCCCUGUGAGCUGCAGGCACAGGAUGAGGAAGUAAAGGUGGACUCUAAGGAGCAGCAGCAAAAGCUGGUGAUGCUGCACAUGGCAGAGCCUGGGCAGACACUUGUGCAGGAGGCUUAUGGGGAAGCGAGCCUGAGUGGCUCGGAGCUGCAGCAGAUCACCAUCCCCUUCAAUGGAACAGCAGAGUACAGCAUCAUUGCACCCAUUGGCGAGGAGAUCCAGGCUCCUGCCACGCUGUACAGCAGUGAGGAGGAGAGUUCUGUGGAGACCUCCCACACAGUUGUGGUGAGUGGAGAUGUGGUGACAGAGGAGACACUGAAGGACCAUAGCAAUCACUACAUCAUGUCAUCUGGUGUCCCAGGAAGCCAGUUCCAGACCAUGGAGCCCCUCAGCGGGGAUGCUGCCUUUUCCUCACCUGCGGAGAGCCAGGAGGUACAGCCUGCUGACGUCAAGUGGCCCCUGGUGCAGUGUGUCAGGCAGCUCCAGAAGGACUCGUCUUUAUCCCCAGUGUCUGAGGGGCAGGAGGUCUCAUCACCCAAGGUCAAGUGGCCUGCACUCCAAGGCAUGGCCAGGAAGUUCUCCUGCAAGAUUUCCACAGGCAAGAAGUUCUCAUGCAAGAUUUCCAUGGCCAAAAAGUUUUCAUGCAAGAUUUGCACAGCCAUGUUCACAGGGAGAGCAGAGAUGGAGAGUCACAAGAGAGCCCACAUUGGGCCCAGCACCUUCAAGUGUCCUGACUGCCCCUUCACUGCCACGCUGUGGCCAGAGGUCCGGAGCCACAUGGUUCAACAUGCCAACCUCCGGCCACACAAGUGCCCCCACUGCAGCUUUGCCUCCAAGAACAAGAAGGACCUGCGCAGGCACAUGCUGACCCACACCAAUGAGAAGCCCUUUGUCUGCCAGGUCUGUGGACAGAGGUUCAACCGUAAUGGGCACCUCAAGUUCCACACGCAGCGUUUGCACAGCUCAGAGGGCAAAAGGCCAGGGCCGGCUGCUGCCCAGCAGACCAUCAUCCUGAACAGUGAUGAGGACACCCUGGCCACCCUGCACACUGCUCUGCAGGCUGGCCAGGCCGUGCUGGCUCCCGAGCGGCUGCAGCAGGCUCUGGGGCAGGAGCACAUCCUUGUUGCACAGGAACAGAGUGUCACCAGCCAGGAGGAGGCAGCCUACAUCCAGGAGAUCACGACUGCUGAUGGACAGACAGUACAGCACUUAGUGACUGCUGACAACCAGGUUCAGUACAUUAUUGCCCAGGAAGGUGUCCCGCACUUGCUUCCCCAAGAGUAUGUUGUUGUCCCAGAGGGACACCACAUCCAGGUACAGGAUGGUCAGAUCACCCACAUCCAGUACGAGCAGGGUGGCCAGUUCCUCCCGGAGUCUCAGAUCCAGUACAUGCCUGUGUCACCUGAACAGCAGCUUGUCACCCAGGCACAGCUGGAAGCAGCAGCACACUCAGCUGUCUCAGCAGUGGCGGAUGCGGCGAUGGCCCAGGCACAGGGCGUCUUCACUGCCGAGGCAGCAGCCGAGCAGCUCCAGCAGCUGCAGCCGGGCAUCCACUACGAUGUCAUCACGCUGUCGGACUAGUAGCGGGCGGGGCCGCACCGCGCUGGGCAGGCACGCCCCAGCCAGCAUUGCCUUAUUGUGCCGGGGCUGCAAGGACGCGCCUGAGCUGUGGCAGCACAGACACAACCAGGGACACGCCGUCGCUCAGCCCUGCACCGUGGGGGUCCUGCACCUUCUCCCAGACACUGCUAAGCAGCCCUUGUGUGCACAGUCUCUUUGCCUGUUGCACUUGAUGGUCUGAAACCCCUUUUCCUGAACGGUCUGUGUGGGCAGCCAUGCAUCAGCGUCUGCCCCACACAUGAGGAUCCCGGGGAAGCCAUAGGGCUGGGCACAACUUUGUGGUGCAGUGUCAGAGGCGAGGUGUGUGCAGCCACAGCCACUGCUCCCCGUAGCCAUGGGGCCAGUGGUCCUAGUGUGCCAGCAGCCAGCCCUCCUGUGGUAUCUCCAGCCUGCGGGCAGGCAGCAGCAGGGCUCUGGACUGGAGGAACCCAAGGAGAAGGAGGCAGAAGAUGCUCUAUUUUUGUUCUGAAGAGGGAUGGACUCUCAUGUUAGUUCUUUGGUGGUUGUUGGAGGGUUUCAGCUGUGACAUUCUCAAGCUCUGACUAUGCUUAUGAAUAAAAAGGGAUGGAGAUC